AGGAGGCGGGAAGAGGAGUUGCUGGAGGAAAGGCCAGCGCAGCCGUCGCACCGGUCCUGGGCGAGGAAGUGGAGCCCGGCCGCCUUCGGAGACGGGCUCUUCCUGUGUUGCCCAAGCGGGUCUUGAGCUCCUGGGCUCAAGUGAUCUACCCACCUCGACCUCCCAAAGUGCUAGGAUUACAGGCGUGAGCCACCGCGCCUGGCCGACCAUCUCAUUCCAUCAUGACAGAAGUGAAUCCCCUCCAUUUUGAUCCCUUGGAUUAGGUAACUAGUCGUAAUGAAGAAAAUAGUCUUAAAACCUUCUGGAAAUCUUUUAACUUGAAUAAAAGUGAAAAAUAAACUGAUUUCAUGGUAGUACAACAACCAUCGCUAGCCAGUGACUUUGAAGAUAAUUCCUUAUUUGGUAGCUGCUAUGGUAAAGAUACAGCCAGCUGCGAUAUCAACAGGGAAGAUGAAAAAGGCGGGAAAAAAAACAGAUCAAAAAGCAAAAGCUUGAUGGGUACGUUAAAAAGGCGGCUUUCUGCCAAACAGAAGCCAAAAGGCAAGGUGGGCACACCCUCUGGGAGCUCUGCCGAUAAGGACACCUUCUCCUCCUCCUCAGCACCGAUAAUCUUUAAAGACAUGAGAGCUCAGAGGCCAAUAACCACCUGCCUCUGCAGCCAUCACUGCGGUCCCAUGCCGUGGCCUCUUCAGCCCACAAACUCUGAGGAGACGUGCAUCAAGAUGGAGGUGAGAGUCAAUCACUCUUCCAGCCCGAGUCCACCCCUGAAUGGCGUCCGGAAGGAUUUCCACAACCUUCAGUCUGAGACCGCGUGCCAGGAACAAGCCAAUUCACUGAAAAGCUCAGCUUCUCAGAACGGAGACCUGUAUCUUCGCCUGGAUGAACAUGUGCCUGUCGUUAUUGGACUUCUGCCUCAGGACUACAUUCAGUAUACUGUGCCUUUAGAUGAGGGGAUGUGUCCUUUGGAAGGAUCACGUAGCUAUUGUCUGGACAGUUCUUCUGCCAUGGAAGUCUCUGUGGUUCCUCCUCAAGUGGAAGGGCGCUCUUUCCCUGAAGAUGAGAGUCAGGUAGUCCAGGACCUAGUUGUUGCCCCAGAGAUCUUUGUGGAUCAGUCCAUAAAUGGGUUGUUGACUGGCACUACGGGAGUCAUGUUGCAGAGCCCGAAAGUGGGUCAUGGUGAUGUCCCUCCACUCUCACCAUUGCUACCUCCAAUGCAGAAUAAUCAAAUCCAAAGGAACUUCAGUGGACUUACUGGCACAGAAGCCCACGUAGCUGAAAGUAUGCUCUGUCAUCUGAAUUUUGAUCUUAACUCUGCUCGUGGUGUUGCAAGAGUUUAUGUCUCAGUGCAAAGCAGUGGUCCCAUGGUAGUGACAAGUCUUACAGAGGAGCUGAAAAAACUUGCAAAACAAGGAUGGUACUGGGGACCAAUCACAUGUUGGGAGGCAGAAGGGAAGCUAGCAAGUGUGCCAGAUGGUUCUUUCCUUGAUCAGGACAGUUCUGAAGAGUGUUAUCUUUUAAGCUUGAGCUUUCGCUCCCAUGGUGAAACACUUCACACUAGAAUUAAGCACUCAAAUGGUAGGUUUAGCUUUUAUGAACAGCCAGGUGUGGAAGGGCAUACAUCCAUAGUUGAUCUAACUGAGCAUUCCAUCAAGGACUCUGAAAAUGGAGCUUUUUGUUAUUCAAGGUCUCAGGUGCCUGGAUCUGCAACUUACCUUGUCAGACUGGCCAAGUCAGUGUCUUGGUUCAUGCAGGUGCACUUGUUGCAAUACCUGUGUCGUUUUGUUAUAUGUCAGUAUACCAGAAUAGACUUAAGUCGGAAACUGCCUUUGCCAAACAAAAUGAAGGAUUAUUUACAGGAGAAGCACUACUGAAAGAUUGAGAACCCUGCGUCUUGCACUUUGGGAAUAAGAAAAAGAGAUCGAAGUACAGUUUACAAACUUUCAUUGCCAUCAAAAUCUUUUGCUGCCACAACUAGUUCAGUUUUAUGUGUAAAAGAGUCAUCAGCGGUGGUUCACGCUGUAAUCCCAGUACUUUGGGAGGCUGAGGCAGGU